GACAGCCAUGAUUUCUGGUUAUGUGCAUAAUGGCUGUCCAAAUGCAGCAAUGGAGCUCUUCAGAAGGAUGUUCAAUUCCGGUCUUCAUCCAGAUGUGGUUGCUCUUGUAAAUGUGCUCUCUGCCAUUGCUGAAUUGGGCUUUUCUGAUGAAGGGAGAUGGAUUCAUGCUUAUAUUCAUCGAAGCAACAUUAAGUUAUCAUCAGGGAACAUUGGGCCAGCUCUCAUUGACAUGUACUUCAAGUGUGGCCUUGUGAGUGAUGCUUGCAAUGCCUUUAAGAGGCUAUGUGAUGGUGAUGAUGGUGGUGGGGCAAGGACAGGGAGUUGGAAUUCUAUGAUCUCCGGCCUUGCGAUGCAUGGUCUUGGUAAAGAAGCCAUUGAAAUAUUUAACGAAAUGGAGAGAAAGGAGGUCAAUCCUGAUGAAAUCACCUUCUUAGGACUUCUAAAUGCUUGUAGCCACAGCGGUUUAGUCAAUGAAGGUGAGUACUACUUCACAGUGAUGUGCAGAAAAUAUAAUCUGAAACCAAGCAUACAACACUAUGGUUGCUUGAUUGAUCUCUACAGCAGAGCUGGCCAGUUUGAAAUAACGAAGAAGAUCAUUGAAGAUAUGCCCAUGAAGCCUGAUGCCACUGCAUGGAAAUCCAUUCUAAGUGCUUGUGGGAAACACAAUUAUGUGACAAUGGGUGAAUAUGCUGCCAUGAAAGUUAUCGAAUUGGCACCGAAUGAUGCUAGCUGUUAUGUGCUCUUGUCAAAUUUAUAUGCAAAGUCAGGGAAUUGGACUGAUGUUGAGAGAGUUCGGAAACUGAUGAGAGACAAAGGUAUCAGAAAGGUUCCCGGCUGCAGCUCAAUGGUGAUCAAGGGGAAGGUUCAUGAGUUUCUUGUUGGGAAGGAGAUGGGUGUUGGAUGUAGAGCAGUGGUUUUUUCCAAAUUGAAGGAAGUUAUACAUAGAUUAAAAUUAUUCGGAUAUGAGCCUGAUGUGAACCAAGUACUUGUUGAUGCUGAAGAUGAAGAGAAGGAGAGGUUGCUCAGUGUUCACAGCGAGAAGAUGGCAAUAGCUUUCGGACUGAUAAAUUCGGAGAAAGGGGAACCAAUGCACAUAGUGAAGAACCUGAGGGUUUGCAGUGAUUGUCAUUCUUUUAGCAAGCUGGUUUCUGGUGUUUAUGAGCAUGAGAUAAUUCUCAGAGACCAGAAUAGGUUUCACCAUUUCAAAGAAGGUUCAUGUUCAUGCCAUGACUAUUGGUGAUCAAAAUGGAAUAUAUGCACCAUUUGGCACAAUGAAUUUGAUGCCAAAGUUGGAAUAUUUUUACAGAAUAAUAUU